AGGGGAAGGGGGUAUUGAAAUUCGGAGUCUGUGUUGGGUCAAGGUCCUUGGUUGGGUUGACCUUCACAACGCUACUCAAGGACGUUACUCGUAUAUGCUAGCAGGUCAGAGGUCAGGCAGAACAACAGAGAAACAUCCCAGAAGUUGUCGGCAGCAGAUACGAUGCAGUAGCCGCCAUUCUCUGGGGGUGACCUAGUUCCUAACAACGCAAACUGCUUCAAUCUCCUAGAAGAAGGAGAGUUUGUUUGGUGACGACUUAGACUUCGUUACUAGAACCAUGGCCCCGCCUAAAUGUUCGAGCCAAGCUUCUCUGAAAGACAAGACAGCCGUGGUGACGGGGGCUAACACAGGGAUCGGUUUGGAGGUGGCGACGGACCUGGCAAGGAGGGGAGCCAAAGUGAUCCUUGCGUGUCGGAAUGAGGCCAGAGCUCAGGCCGCUGUGGCGCAGAUUGUGCAGGAGACUGGGAACGAGAACGUGAUGACGUUGAAGCUGGACCUGGCAUCUCUGUCCUCGGUUCGUGAGUUCUCCCAGAAGGUGACGGAAGGGGAGGAUCGUCUGGACAUUCUGGUCAACAACGCAGGUAUGUUCGGGGCCAAGUCUACCACAGAAGACGGGUUCGACACGGUACUACAGGUAAACCACCUGGGCCACUUCCUCCUCACCAACCUCCUCCUGGACCUCCUGAAGAAGUCGGCUCCAAGUCGUGUGGUGGUCGUGUCUUCAGCCGCGGAGAGCGCCGGAAAAAUCGACUUCGAAGACAUCAACGCCGAGAAAAGCUACGACGCGUUUCCGGCGUACGCGCAGAGCAAACUGGCUAACGUUCUGUUUACACGGGAACUGGCGAGGCGACUGGAAGGAACUGGAGUGACGAGCUACGCCGUACACCCAGGGUUCGUGAAGACAGAGAUCUGGCGCACGUUACCGGGCAUGUACGGCUGGAAGUUCACCCUCAUCAAGCCCAUGUUCUACCUGGGGAUGGCGGCGUUCGCUAGAACACCCCUGCAGGGGGCCCAGACCGUCAUCCACUGCGCCGUGGAGGAAGCGCUUUCUAGCGAGUCUGGCCAGUACUACAGUGACUGUGACGUCAAGCAGCCUUCCCAGAAGGCCAUGGAUGACGCAGUGGCGCGUCAGCUGUGGGACGUGAGCGAGAGGAUGACGGGAUUGUCUUCUUCAUAAGCCAUAAUCACAACUACGGGAUGACGUGUUUCUUAGAGCAGACCUUGUCCGAUUUCCUUUGGCAACUUUGCCUUUUUUUCUCUACUUCUCAUUCACGUAUAAGGCCAGGUAACACCAGGAGUUCUAGAAAGGUCUAAUGCACAGAACGGGUAUAACAACAGGCCUUAGCCCUGCAUGUUGCAAAUGCACAUUACUUGCCACCCAACACAGAAUACACAACGACAGAACCAUUGAAUAUGAUACUCAGCACAAGGCAUAGAAUUGUUAUAUAGACUUUCCAAGCCUAUGAUAUUACCAGUGUAUAAUUUGCUGUACAUUAUUUUCCUAUUUAUGAACUCAAGUUACACUUAAGGGUACAUAACCAUACAUACAUGAUCAAAUUAUAUAUUGAACGAUUAAAAUGUAAAUUACAAAGUCUCGUUAUUGAAUAAUAUUAACGUCUGUAAUGUUGGCUAAAAAUCAUAACAAAACACAUGAAAAAUGGUACAAUGAUACAAUUGAGUUCAACUUUUAUAGUCACUACAAAGAUAAACAUCAAUAUCAUAAUACACCAUGUUAUAUAACUUUUACAUCAUUCAUUUCAUGAAGACUUACGUAUAUGUCAUAAAUAUUUUGCUUA